AUGCAGAUGACAGAUUAUCUAUGCGAAGAGUUGAUUGUUGAAAUAUUUACAAGACUACCACCGAAAUCCCUCCUCCGAUUUAGAUCACUCUCUAAAUCGUUAUAUACUUGUAUUUCUAGUCCCCAGUUCAUACGCUUGCACACAUUCCGAUCCCCACAAAAAAUCCGCUUCACGCAUGAAAAUAUUGACAAUAAUAAAAUAACAGAAGUCGUUUAUACAUUACAUGGAGAAGACGAAUUGCCAUUGUGUUUGUGUCCCAAACGCGGAUAUAUUGGUAUAACAACAAGAAUUCCGUUUCCUUGUAGCAAUAUGUUCAGAACUGUUGGUUCAUGUAAUGGAACUUUCUGUUUGAAGACUAAAAAUGGUUUGACUCUAUGGAACCCUUCAAUCAGACGCAAAGUAAGAGUGGCUGAAUGUCCUCGGAGUUCUGAACUCGCUUUGGGAGGUAUUGGGUUUGGAUUUGACCCAAUCAGUGACGAUUACAAAAUUGUUUGGAUAUCAUAUGAAAAAGACACUUCAUUUGUUUAUGCGGUGAAGACAGGCACUUGGUGUGAGAUUGCUUCCCCUAAACCUGAGUUUACUUAUGUGCGACGUGAGGCGUUUUUAUUUAAAGGAGUAUUGCAUUGGGAGGUAAAUCAUUUUGACUUAGACUUUUCUUGUAUACUGACAUUCGAUUUGAGCACUCAUGUUUUUGGUAUGAUUCCAUUUCCUGGAUUGGCUCCGGACUGGUUGACGACAAGACUAACAACCAUCCAAGAUUCUCUAGCUUUGAUUUGUUAUCGCAUGAGUAUUGAUGAUAGUUGGAUUCUGGUAUGGAGAGAUGCUUCUUGGUCUGUGGUUUUUAAAUUGGGAACAGGUAAACUUCCAGUUGAUGGAGCUUUUCAAUUCCAGCCACAACCACAAACGACCAACGAGUGUAAUUUGUUGCUCACUACUUAUGGGGAAGGGUUCCAAAUUUAUAAUCCCAAGACAGGGUUGCGAUCAGGAGUACUUGGAUUCAAUGCUUCUUCUAGUUUAAUAGGCUUUUGGGAGUGUGUCGAAACACUUCAUUUGUUAGACAUGGGCGAGGCUGCUUGCGAAACAACUCAACUAUGA